AUGAUAAUACAUAUGCCCACAUUUAAUCAGGAAUUCUUUGAAAAUAAGAAAAUGCAGAGAAAGAUGGAAACCUUAGGAAUACCAACCUCUCCUGAAGGAGCCAGCUCUGGAAGUAUGUACCUGGUGACUUUAUUCAUAGUUAACCAGAUUGCUGCAAAGAAAGAAAACAAUGAUCAGCCAAAGAUAACUCGCAUCACUGAUGAUAAGGGAGGACCCAAGUCAAUGAGGGAGGGGCCCCUGAAGUUCCCCAUCACCUCUUUCCCUUGUGGAGAGCCAGCCUUUGUACAGGUAUGGUUCAUUGAUUGUUGCUCUCAGCUCUCACCAGUGCUGGAGUCAAACAUGUCAGACACCAGUACGUCAGACUACCAGCAACACAUCACCCUGAGCCCCUUCUCCUCGGCAUCGUCGUCAGUCUACUCCUCAGGGGCAGACAUGUUCUCCCUCCAGCAGAGAGCACAGGUCCAGCCACAGCCACACUGCUCCCCUAGACCACCCUGGGAUAUCUCCACCUCAGAGCAACCACAGCCAGGAGGGAGGAGAGAGUGUGCCUCGUGGGCCACAGGACCAAGUGGACCCAAACAGCAGCUGAGCAUGACCCCCCCAGUAUCCAAAGUAUGGUUUGGAGGCACAGAGCCUGAGUUUCCAACUGCACUGAUGUCAGCUCAUCCUGGUGGAGACUUACCUGCAGACGUGUCUUCAGCUUGUCCUGGAAACACUCACCAUGGUCCUAAGGAAUGCUGGGAAUCAUCGCCCAGUUACUCUCCAAGAGGAGGUUGCUUUAUUUCAGACGCUGAUGAUGACGAGGUGGAGGAUUAUCACCAGUGUCAACAGGUUGGAUCCUCUAAGUCCCAUUCAGAGAGGUCCUGUAUUGAAGAGAUCCCUGUCCUCAGCCAGGCCUCAUCACAUUGGAACACACAGCAACGGGGUCACCCUCAGUCUCAACCCAGACCGUACACGCCACCCACUAGGCCUCAAUGCACAGGGCACUGUGGAAACGACCAGAGAGAUCAUAGAGACCAGAGAGGGUUGGAGAGCUUCGACUACACAGAGAGACGGUCAGGCUGUGUAUAGUUGCAGAUGACAGUAACGGCCAGGUUAGGGUUAUAGGCGAUCAGCAUGUCCCACCUCGUCCUCUGUCUGAAUCACAGAGCUCUGCGGUCCGCCAGAAAAAAAUGGCAGCCACCAGAACACAAGGAACACGAGAAAUGGGGACACAGACUGUCACCUCGAAAUGUCCAACAUCCGAUGUUUCAACUCAGUGCAGUUUCUGGACUUGAGUGUAAAAGAGAACAACCUCGUGGAUUCCCGAAUCCCACAACAAUUCUGCAGACAAUGUCAUACCGACCCCAACCACCAGAGGGCAGGCCAGUCACAGAGAUGAAUCUAUGAGUCUAACAGACAGACAGAGCAUUAUCAGACAGAUCCAGGAGGGAGGGAGAAGAGCACACGCCCUGGAGAAAAUCAACAGCCAGAGAGCUCAAGGCUGGACCUGGGCAUCACCCAUCAAUCAUCCCGUUAAACAAGUGUUGUAACACGAACACUGAGAAUAGAGUGUAUUCAGAGACCCACUACCUCUGUCCUAGACGCUCCCCUCGUCGCCGAUGAUGUAGAAGGUAUGAAUAGCAAAUGUUUGAUGUAAUUAACAAAUCAGUGUAGUCGAAUAUAGACAAAUCAAUGCAAACAACUUCAUAUGUGGUGUAAUUUAUCAUAGAUAAUCGAUUGAAAGUAAAGCUAGUGAAUGGGUGUAAUAAGCACACGUUAUACUGCAAUUAUAUUUACUCUGAUUUGUAUAUGUUGACAUUCUUCCGUACAGUUUGUUGCCAUUUUCUUACGAACCAAGAUUCAGUAUGGUGGUAUUUUUUUGUAUUUUCAGUGGUAUUUUAAAAAUGGAUGUUGCUCCCUAA